UGGAGGAGUUGCAACCGGUUCAUUCUACCCUUUCAAUAGUAGGACUACAGCCAAUCUUCCCUUGUAUCUGGUGCCUUAUGUACAGAGAUGUCUGACUUGGUUACCGUGACUUGUAAGUUGUUGGAGGCAGCCCAGACAAGGCUGCAGCCCCUUUCCAAGUCUUGGCGGCUUGUCAGACACCCCAAGCUUCCUUACCUUCCUCCAACACCAGAAGACGCAAACCUUUUUUGUUAUUCUUUCAAAUUGACGCCUUUCGACCUUCUAGUUACGCGCCAUCUGCUCAGCCAGUGCGGAAAGGACCCUUGUCAACGGGGUCCGAGAAGUGGAAACGUCCGAUAGCUACAAUGGCAGGUUCCUGACCUACGGAACAAGAUCCCUCCGCCAUCCAGACCCAAAAUGACGUGACACGCCAACAUAAGGGUACUCAAUCCCACAGGGCCCUUCUUUGCCCGACAGACUGAUUGCUAAGUCCUUGAUACUGUCAUCUAGUCUUGCGCCGCGCGUGUCUGUGGGGUGUUUACCAUGUGUACCAGGUACCCGAGGUAGGUACAGUAUGUUGUUUCCCAGUUGGUUUUCAGCACCCCAUCGCACGCGAUACAUGUCGUUAUUACCUAGUGCGAAUGACACCAUCCUGCCGGAAUGGCUCUUUUAUAGGAAGGCUACGGCCUCAAUCAGUGAUUGAGAUACAAUGGCCCUGUGUCAUUGUUCUUUGGGGAAAAGAGGAAAAAGGAAACACUUACAAGUGAGUGAGCUGGUACAGCGGUGUGGCCUGUAUUACGCCAGGUCUUCCCGUCUUUGCUCUCCAAAAUCCACCUUCUACCUUGAGAAUAUCUAAAAGCAAAUCCGCUCUAAAUCAAAUCAACCAUGGGCAAAGAAAGGACCCACGACGCCCUAGUCAUCGGCACCGGCUUCGGCGGGCUAUAUGCCCUAUACCUGCUGAAGCAGCAAGGACUAGAUGUGAAAGCAAUUGACACAGCCUCAGACGUCGGUGGCACAUGGUACUGGAACCGGUACCCGGGGGCCCGCAGCGACGUCGAAAGCCACGUAUACCGAUACUCAUGGGACAAAGAACUAUUACUCGACAAAACACUCUGGACAAAGAACUACCUGACCCAACCCGAACUGGAAAGCUACUUCCAAAAAGUAGCACGCAAGCACGACUUGUACCGCCACAUCCAAUUCAACACAGACCUAGUCGCCGCACACUGGGACAACACUGCCAAACUCUGGAUCGCCCGUACGAGUUCCGGCGACAUAUUCAAAGUCCGCUACCUAAUCGGCGCCGUGGGCAACCUCUACAAACCAAACCUGCCCGACUGGCCCGGUCUUGACAACAACACAUUCCGCGGCCAAAUAGUACACAGCUCCCAAUGGAAUCCCCGCGAGCACAACCACAUCGACAAACGAGUCGCCGUAGUCGGCAGCGGCGCCUCCGGUGUCCAACUGGUGGGCGCGCUGGCGGAAAAAGCAAAAACCCUAACCCAUUUCAUCCGCCACGCCCAAUUCGUGCUUCCGGCAUCCCUACGAACCGUCAGCGACGUCGAACGCCAGACCAUCAACGACAACUACGACCGCAUCUGGCGGCAAGUAUUCACGUCCCUGUCUGGGAUGGGCUUUCCGGAGCCCGCGCGAACCGUCGCCUCUGUCAGUCCUGAAGACCGCGAAGCAAUCUUCCAAGACCUCUGGAUCCAAGGCAGCGGCUUCCGAUUCCUUUUCGGCGGCUUUUCCGAUCUUGUGACUGACGAAAAAGCCAACCAAGCCGCCAUUGAUUUCAUCCAUCGCAAAAUCGACUCGAUCGUCACCGAUCCCAAGAAAGCUCAAGUCCUCAAAUCGACAGACUGGUUCGCUCGUCGUCCACUGACCGACGACCAGUACUACAAUCGAUUCAACCAGGACAACGUCUUUGCCGUCGACCUGAAACAGACACCCAUAGUGCGCCUGCACGCCGACAGCAUUGAGACGGCGGACGGGAAGAAACACCAAGUCGAUCUGAUCGUGUUGGCUACGGGCUUCGACGCCGCUGACGGGACGUACUACCGCAUCGACAUCCGCGGAAAAGACGGAACAACUCUCAAAGAUCACUGGAGCCAAGGACCCAAAACGCACCAUGGCGUUUCGACCUCAAAAUUUCCAAAUUUGUUCUUUGUUAAUGGACCCGGCGCCCCAUUCGCGAGUAAUCCGCCUGUUACGGAGGAAGGGGCGCGCUUUAUUGCCGACCUAAUCGCUCGUGCUGAGGCGCAUCGGACCACCACCGGCAGCGGUACCGAUAAUGUGGUCAUUGAAAGUACCCGCGACGCCGAAGACGCAUACACCAAAGACCUCCACGAUGCCGCGGACCCGACUCUCUUUCCAAGAACAAAAUCUUGGUUCUUUGGCGAGAAUAUCCCCGGGAGACACGUCGCGCCCCGCUUUUAUUUCGGCGGGUUGUCGAGGUAUCGUGCUGCGCUGGCCGAUAUCAGAGAAAGGGGAUAUGCUGGGUUUGAUAUUGAAACGACCCAAACUGUGCAAAAUCAAAAUCAAACACAAAAUCAGAGUCGCACGCUGCCAGUGCCGGCGCCUGUUCGUAGCCAUUUGUGACUGUGAAUGAAUGACAGAUAUCCCGCAUCGCGUUGGAACAGGACUGGAACGAAAUCAGGCAGUUAUUUCUCGCAGUGGACGGAAGGGAAGCACUUUUUCGACUGCCGUUACCAUCUAUGGAUAGCGGCUGAGGUUGAGUCAGUGGAAUUCUUCUACGGCUGGGUCUCCUGCUUGAUGGAUAGAUAUUCUGCGACGAGAUGGCGAUGGAGUUGGGACAAGGACAGUACCUACCUAGGUAUUAUAGCUGAACCAACAUGCUUGGCAUAUAUAUACUUUAGAUAACCAGGUAGACUAGAAAAAGCCCUCAAGUUGCACGUCUUUCGAGCGCCAAUGUAAAAUGCGAGUGCGCUGCACCUCUUGGAAAGGAUUUGAACGUUGCUGCUUUCGUCGAGUACACAAGCCUUUACAAGAUUUAC